AUGAAGCAGAUUGACCGUCGUCUCCCUGCUCAGGUUACCGCUCUGGGAAGUCAAGCUUUCAAGCUCCUUGCCCAUAUUCUUUUGCUUUUCGUGGCGCAGACAUACAUGCUACUCACCUCUCCGGUCCUUGUAGUUGUCAUUUACGCGAUCCAAAAGAUAUACCUGUUCACCAGUCGACAGCUGAGAUGGCUAAGCAUGGAAGCAAACUCUCUUCCUAGCAAUAAUAUUCUGGACACAGUUCACGGUAUCACGAUCAUUCGUGCUUUUGGAUGGGAAGAUGAAUAUGCUGUUGAUAACAGUAAUGCAAUUGAUACAUCCCAGGUGCCUUCUUACACUCUACUCGCCAUCGAACAAUGGCUGGCCUUGGUACUGGACCUAGUCGUUGCGGCCGUGGCACUUCUCAACGUGACUCUAAUAGUCAGUCGUGACGAUAUCUCCGCCGGCGAAGUGGGAAUCAGCAUGGAUGUGAUAUUAACAGUCAACAUCGUGCUCCUGGUAACAGUGCAAUCCUGGGCAAACUUCGACGCUUCUCUCGGUGUCAUCUCUCGCAUACGGAACUUUUCGAUGACUGUUAUUCCUGGACCGCAGCCUGAGAAACCACUCCUACUACCUGAAUCAUGGCCGGCUAAAGGCGCGGUCGAAUUUGACAAUGUCGUUGCCGACUAUACCCAGAGCAGCGACUCGACUUCCGUGAUCCACGCCCUGAACAAUAUAUCUUUAGAUGUAGGCCCAGGUCUCAAGAUUGGUGUUUGUGGUCGUACUGGCAGUGGCAAAUCAUCUCGUCUGCUCAGCAUUCUACGUUUACUCGAUUUAUCUUCAGGAUCCAUCAAAAUUGACAAUUUGAAUGUUGCAUCAAUGUCCCGGGAUACACUCCGAUCCCGAAUCAUCACAAUUCCCCAAGACCCGUUUGUUCUCGCGAGUGAUAGUAUCCGUGACAAUCUGGAUAUCCGGGGAAAGAAUUCAAAUGAGGAGAUAUUGACUGUCUUGGAGAAAGUACAUCUGCGGCACUUACUAGAUGCCAGAGCGGAGAAUACGGGCUUCAAGCCGGAACAGUAUCUAGAUUUGCCGAUGAAACAGUGGACUUUAUCACAGAGGCAGAUGCAGCUCCUUACGCUUGCGAGAGCGCUUUUGUCUCGCUCUUCUCGCGGGAAGGUGGUACUGCUUGAUGAGGCUACCGGGAAUAUAGAUCGAGAGACCGAUGAAUGGGUCCAACGGAUUGUUCGUGAGGAAGUUAAGAGGGUACACUAUGAUUGUGGUUGCUCAUCGGCUUGA